AUGCCUGAUGUUAAUAUGAAAAUGCCAUAUUGGGUACAGUCUACGAGUUAUAAAGCAGAUUUGCCAGAGGUGCAACAUCAGUGUAGGUACGAUCAAAGGGAUGUGGAUGAGGCGGAGUCCCUGCGACAAGAGUUGUCCACGCUUGUAGCAAUUAGUAAUGAAGAUGUGGCCAAACGACCGGGUUCUAAUAUUAUUCUCGAGGGCGGUCAGUCAGACAGUAGUGGCAGUAGUAAUAGUAGUGAAAGUGUUGGAGACAACAACUCAGUUCCGUCUGGACAAAUGAAGUUCCAAAGUAGCAGUGCUACUGAAAAUAUGGUGCCUGUAGAGAUUAUUUGGAAACAAGGAGGGAAAAAAGUUUAUGUUACUGGAUCGUUUACGUCAUGGAGGAAGAUGAUUGCAUUAGUGGAGCACCCGACUAACCCAGACUGGGCUCGUGUAAGGCUAAAACUACCUCCAGGGAACCAUAGAUUCAGAUUUGUUGUUGACAAUGAAUUGAGGUUUAGUGACGAUGUGCCAAGUGCAACAGAUUCCAUGGGGAAUUUGGUCAAUUAUAUAGAGGUGAAGCCAUCAAAACGACAAUAUGAAAGUGAUACCAAGUUGAGUCAGGCGUCACGUAUUGCACUAAAGAUUAAAAACGAGCCAGACGAUAUAGGAGAUGGGUUCGUCAGGUACUAUUCAUCUGCACCAGAGGAAAAACAAUAUGAAUACUCACAAAAGGUGCCUGCCCUAUCCACCGAUCCAAAAGUAAUGGAGCAAUACUACAUUAUAUUAGAUGUGCAAAAGAGGAGAGGCCGACGUGACAGUAACGGUAUAUCAUGGCUGAUGCCUCCACAAAUUCCACCACAUUUUGACGUUGUGAUCUUAAAUGAUCAAAAUUCUCUACAACAUACAGAUGAUUCCAAUGCAGGAUUUUUGCCCAUCCCAAACCACGUCGUACUAAACCAUUUGAUAGUAAACAGUGUUAAAAGCAACAUGCUAGCAAUUUCAACGACUACUCGCUACAAGGAAAAGUUCAUCACCCAGGUAUGUUACUCACCCAUAGACUAA